AUGCCUUACAAGCUUCAAGGCCGAAAUGUUCUCAUUGUCGGCGGUGCGAGAGGCCUUGGGGUUUGUAUUGCCGAAAAAUUCGCUGCAGAGGGUUGCAAUAUUGCAAUUAAUUAUCUUUCGAGUCAACAGCAAGCUGAUGACCUUGCUUUGAGAUUGGACAAGGAAUAUAACAUCAGAACAGCUACGAUCCAGGGAGAUGCAGGUAUCCAAGCGGAUUGUGUGAGGUUGGUUCAAACGGCAAUCGAGAAGCUCAGAGGGCUGGACAUUAUUAUAUCGAAUGCCGGGUGGACACGAUUUUCCAAUUUUGGAGAUCUGUAUGCUCUGGACGAAGGUGAAUGGGACAAGUGCUGGGCAACAAAUGUCAAAAGUAAUCUGUUUUUAUUCAGAGAGGCUCUACCGACGUUCAACGCAAAUGAAGAAGGUGGAGUUUUCAUUACAACUUCAUCUAUUGCUGGCAUCACCCCGAGUGGUAGCAGCAUGGCGUACUCAGUCACUAAGUCUGCUGGACUGCACCUUUUAAAAUGUCUGAAGGCGUCGCAAGGACCUAAGGUCCGCAUCAACUCAGUACUUCCAGGACUGCUCCUCACAGAGUGGGGCCUGCAAUACUCUGCUGAGCAAAUCCAGUCAUGGACGGAAAGAUCAACUCUUAAGCACGAGGUUUACCUCGACGAUUGCGCGGACAUGUAUGUGGCAAUCGCCAAAAAUACUUCGAUGACAGGUCAAGAAAUUACUUUGGGUGAGAGUUACUUAAGGCCCUGA